AUGUAUUUCAACUACGCUGCAGCUACACUAGCUGCACUACUCCCACUAUGCUCAGCCCAGACCUACUCGGCAUGCAACCCUCUUAAGGAAUCUGGUUGCAAGCCCAACCCGGGUAUGGGUUCCAACUUCAAUUCGGACUUCACCACCGGCGAUGGAGCUCUCGGCGGCUGGACAACUACCGCCGGCAAGGUCACUACUGGUGGCCAGGGCGCUGAGUUUACUCUGGCCAAGAAAGGCGAUGCGCCCACAAUUGACACCAGCAAUUACUUCCUGUUUGGUAAGGUCGAGGUUGUCAUGAAGGCUGCGCCGGGAACCGGUAUUGUCAGCAGCAUUGUCCUAGAGUCGGACGCCCUCGAUGAGGUUGACUGGGAAGCCCUCGGUGGUGACACCACUCAAAUUCAGACCAAUUACUUCGGCAAGGGCGACACUUCGUCCUAUGACCGUGCAACUUUUGUGAACAUGGCUUCUCCACAGGCUGAUUACCAUACGUACACCAUCGACUGGAACAAGGACCAGACCACCUGGUCCGUUGACGGCAAUGUCGUGCGUACUCUCAACUACAACGACGCCAAGGGUGGUUCUCGCUACCCCCAGACCCCUAUGCGCCUGAGACUGGGCAUUUGGGCCGGUGGUGACCCGGACAAUGCUCCGGGUACCAUCGAAUGGGCUGGUGGCCAGACUGACUACAGUCAAGCCCCCUUCACUAUGUAUGUCAAGUCGGUUAACAUUGUGAACUAUACCCCCUCCGACUCCUACACCUAUUCCGACAACAGUGGCUCCUGGCAGAGUGUCAAGACCUCGGGCUCGGGCUCAUCAUCCCCUGAGCCUCGCAGCACCUCCAGCACCUCGUCCACCGCUGAAUCCGCGUCCUCGUCCGAGCCCGCGACCGAGUCUAGCACCACCAGCAAAACCUCUCCUACUGGUUUCAUUACCAGCACUACCAGCAGUACUACCGGCAGCACCACUGACUCCACCGAAUCCACCACUGGUACCACCACCGGCACUACCACCGGCUCUUCCUCCUCGGAAACUGGCUCUGGCUCCACCACUGCUGAGUCCAGCUCGAGCACCGGUGCAUCCACGACUGAGUCUUCUGCUCCCGGGUCUUCUUCCGGCGCUGGAUCUUCUACUGGCGCGGGAUCUUCUACUGGCGCGGGAUCUUCUACUGGUGCUGGAUCUUCUCCUGGCGCGGGAUCUGCCUCUGGCUCGGCUUCUAGCUCGGCCGCUGGUGCUACAUCCACCGUUCCUCUCUCCAACUCCGCUACAACACCUUACGGUGGAUCUUUCAUGGGCCUCAUGACGGUCAUGGGCUUGAUGACCGCCAUGUUGCAGCUGUGA